AUGAAAUUCACACGCCAGCAAAUCAACCGACAUGACAACCAGGAAUCGUGCUGGGUCGUGAUCCAUGGGGCUGUCUACGAUGUCACAGACUUUUUAAACUCCCACCCAGGCGGUGCAUCUGUUAUAUUGCGCUGUGCCGGUAAAGACGCGACUGAAGCUUUCGACUCUGUUCAUGCGGUAGAGUUGUUGAGCGAAGCACUCCCAAAAACCGCGCUCCAAGGCUACAUUGAUCCCGGCGAAUUGGAGAAGCCGGAAAAGAAUCCGGAUGCAAUGAAUGAUAAGCAAUCAAAGACAGACCAUGACAGUCUUCCACCAUUGCAAACUUUGAUCAAUCUGCACGAUUUUGAACGAGUUGCAGGUCAGAGGCUACGUGACACGACAUGGGCGUAUUACUCGUCCGGUGCCGACGAUGAGAUCAGCAAACAGAAUAAUGCCCUGGCAUAUCAAAAGAUUACCCUUCGUCCACGUAUCCUUCGAAAGAUCCCUACUGUGAAUACAGCCACGUCAAUCCUAGGGUUCUCUACCACACUGCCUGUUUACGUCUCUCCGGUGGGUCUUGCAAAACUUGCCCAUGCAGAGGGCGAGUGUGCACUGGCAGCUGCAGCGGGUAUGGAGGGACUGGUCCAAGUUCUUGCAAACGGAUCCAGCAUGCCGAUUGAACAAGUCAUGAAUAGUCGUAGCUCGCCGAACCAGUCUAUCUUUCAACAACUAUACGUGAACAAAGAUAUUCAGAAGUCUGUUGAGACUGUACGGCGAGCCGAGAGAGCGGGUGCUAGUGCUAUUUGGAUUACGGUCGACUCGCCGGUCGUGGGGAAACGUGAGAUGGACGAACGGCUCAAUCUGAGAGUGACGGCUACCGAUAAUACCGCGGAAGGAAAGGGGGUAGCGAAGAUUAUGGCCAGCUCAAUCUCUCCUUUGAUCGACUGGGAAAUUCUCACAUGGCUUCGCCAACUGACAGAUCUCCCUGUUGUCCUGAAGGGAAUCCAAUGUGUGGAGGACGCCGUGCUUGCCUAUGAGCAUGGGGUGCACGGCAUUGUACUAUCAAACCACGGAGGACGAUCACAAGACACCGCACAAUCACCACUUCUGACUCUACUGGAGAUUCGAAAGUUCGCUCCUCACUUGAUUGAGAGCAAGAUGCAGAUCUUCAUUGACGGUGGUAUUCGCCGAGGAACAGAUGUUCUCAAGGCCAUUGCACUAGGGGCGACUGCCGUUGGUUUGGGGAGACCGUUUUUGUUCAGCUUGUCUGGAUACGGCGAGAAGGGGGUGCGACGGAUGAUUAAGAUCCUACGACAGGAGAUCGAAAUGAAUAUGGUUUUUCUCGGGGUGGCCAGUCUCGAAGAGCUGAGACCCGAGAUGGUGAAUACCAGUCGGUUAGAGAAACAUUUGAUAGCCAGUGUAAAGCUCUAA